CAGAAUCAAACGUUUGUCUAUUUUUCUGUAGUCAGUCAAUCUAUAUUUAUCAGGAUUCCACAUCACUGUGAUCUGUCUCAUAUAUCUCGGGUCUAUUACCAAAACCAAGUUAUCUUGUCCCAAGAGAGCCGAGUAGCCUGCGCGUAUAGUCUAAGCCGUCAGCCUUAUUUUGCCUUCAGUCUGAGAACAAUACCUGGAAACCCCCGAGGAUGGCGGACGUCAUUGGUAUAAUUGGGAGCGCAGUUGGCGUAAUUUCCUUCAGCCUGCAAGUCUGCAAGGGACUCAUACAAUAUUAUGAGUCCUACAAGGAUAAACGGAAGGAUAUUGAAAGGAUGGUAUCGGCUCUAAAAAGUCUCACAGGGACUUUGGAAACGCUCAAGGAUCCUAUUAGCACAACGAUGUUCUCUAAGAAACAAAUUGAAAAUAUUUCAAGCAACAUAGAGGACUGCGAGGAGAGCAUCAUGGACUUUUCAGAAGUGCUGGGGAAGAUCAAAGAGUCUGACGUACCGGGAACAGCUGGGACUCGGAAUAUUGGAUUUAGUGAGAAGUUCAAGGAGGUGAAAGGUCGACUUGUAUAUCCGUUCCGGGAGAGUACGAUUCUGAAGUUGCAAGAAAGUAUUGGUCAUGUCAAUAGUAACUUAGUGUUAGUGAUGCAAAGUAUGCGACUGUGGGUACCUCUCUUGAUUUUGUCAUAUUUAAAGGCUUCAUGUAAACUAACUAGUCAUAGAUCGACAAUCCCUAUGUUUAAUGAGAAACUUGAUCAUAUCUCUCGUGAAGUGGAUCUCCUGGUCACUAGUCAAGCAGGUAAGGAGUACACCUUCUCACCACAAGAAGCAAAUUGCUGAUUGUCGAAUCUGCGAAGACGAGAAAACACAGACUAUACUAAACUGGAUGUCAACACUCGAUCAUAACUCCAAGCAGGAAGAGACAUCCAGCAGGCGUGAGGAGGGAACUGGGUUGUGGUUAUUUGAAACACAGGAGUUUAAGGAUUGGGUUAAUGGAAAAAACAAGGUUCUAUGGGCGUCGGGAGGCCGUGAGUAUGACCAAGAGAUUCAAGAUCUCUGAGGGGCUAACGCUCAACAGCUGGUGCUGGAAAAACCAUUCUUGCGUACGAAACUCCGCAUUGUAUUAUUUUUACCAGCUAACCAUGUUUAGAUCUUCGGUUGUCAAUUACACAAAAACAAAGUCUAGGCAGGAGAAUGUUGGCGUUGCAUUCUUGUAUUGCAACUACGCAGAAAGAGGUACUCAGCCACUGGAGCAAUUAGUCGGAAGCAUCGCUCGGCAGUUGUUUGAGGGUUGCUUGAGGCUCCCAUUGAGUGUCAUCGAAAAACAUCAAAGCAUCUUGUCCCGGUAAGAAGACAAACGAAAGUUGAUGUGUUAUCAGAGAUGAUCAGCAUAGCACUUGACUCCUUUGAAAAAGUUCAUGUCAUCGUCGAUGCACUGGAUGAAUGUGAUAGCGCUGUAAGAGUUGAUCUAGUUAGAACGAUCCGAUAAAUGGUUGGCCGCGUACAUCUUUUUUGUAGCUCUCACUACAUGAUAGAAGACAUCUCAGUAUAUUUCAUGAAUGCUCUUACGAUUCGGGUCAAGGGUAGUGAUGAAGAUAUUCGAAUUUAUCUUCGAGCUCAGAUCAACACCAAGAGUAAUUUACUUCGUCUGUGUAAACAACAUCAAGGCUUAUCGGAGAGAAUCGUGGAAGGAGUGACCAAGAAAACCGAUGGAAUGUAAGUUGAAAGCUCCCAAAAGUGCCGUGCGAGUAUUUAUUAACAUCAAAUAAGGUUCCUUCUCGCCCAUUUUCACAUAGAACCACUUACAGCAGAACUUCGUGUAAAACACCUACUUCGAACCCUGACUAUAUUACCAAGAAGUAUAUGGGCUACUUAUGAGGACGCGGUAAAAAGAAUUUUCAAAGGCCAAGACGAACGAAAGGCUCAUGUUGCUAGGUGCGUUUUACUAUGGGCAAGCUUUUCAUCAAGACCAUUGAAGGUUGAAGAGAUGAGAUGCAACAUGCGAUAUCUGCCAUGGAGCUCGACGAAGAAGACAACAUCGUCGAUACCGACGAUCUGUAUCCGAAAGACAUUCUUGUAACAAGCUGCGCUGGCCUGGUUUUUAUUGACGAGAACAAUUUUGUGCGCCUGGUACAUUACAGCAUCCAGGAGUAUCUUCUCCAGCAACGCGACCUCUUUCCAGAAGGCAACUUGGAAAUUUCGAGGACUUGUAUGAAAUAUUUGUCAAUGGACUCAUUUUUGACUUUGAAUCGAAGAACGAAACCGGACACCUUUCUAUGGAAGAAGCCCUGUACAACAGUAUGGCUACAGAUUUCCCUCUACUACACUAUUCCUGCAGAUCAUGGAUGAAAAUGGUUGAAAGUAAGGAAAUUUCAAACUCACUCUCGAGUGAGAUAUUAAAUUUCGUCAGCAACAAACAUUCCAAGGGUCUUACUCUCGUAGUCAGUGACUCACUGCUCUUCCAACAGAAUGACACACUUUUCGAAACAUUCACGCAAAGUAGGCUAAAAGAAAAGGUUCUAAGUCUGUCAAAUUGCUUUGGUAUAAACGCUCUGGGGAAAUUUACAGCUCUGUUCAAGGCGGUAGUGUUCAAUCUUCCUCAGUUAACGGAGAUGCUCCUGAACCACGGGGAGAAGGUUGACCGGGCUUUUCCUGGUAAUGUAACGAGCUUGCAUCUGGCAGCUUUCACCGGACACAAGGAGGUCUUGAAACGCCUCUUACAGAAUAGCGCCCGUGUCGAUAUAGAGUAUGUAGCACCAAUUGGGGAGAGCGCUGGACGGCUCUUCACUUGGCCUCUGCACAGGGACAUUACAACAUCGUAGAUGAAUUGGCAAAACACGGAGCAGAUUUCAACGCAGAAGACACAGAAGGAAGAACUCCCCUAAUCAUCGCAGCUCGAUGGUCACUCUUGGAGACCUUGCUUGGAGAAUCUAAGGAGUUCACGUUGACUAUCCCCUUAUUUGCCCCUUAUUUGCUAACCGAAGCAAUCUGAAUGCAACGGAUUUACAAGGUCGGGAUGCAUUUUUCUACCCACACUCCCCUUUAAUUGGGACACGUUCGAAAAAGAAAGUUUCCGACAUUAAAGGGAAGGCAUGCCAAAUUAUGGUUUAUCCUUUAUAUCUGGAUCCUUACAUUGAUGAAAUAUUGCAUACAAUGAACGAGAAUCUUGUUUUACCACAAGACGAUGAGCUCAUGUCUUGGGUAUCCGAACUUAUCGCCACCGGGGACUAUCCUGCAGUCCCGCAAGUACAGAAGUAUCCGAAUCCAUGCCUAUACAAAGAUGUGUUGUUACUUGUAAGUUCCAAGAAUUCAUGAUAAAUGAUAACAAUCUCAUGAAUAUCUAGAUACCAACGGAGAAACUGCCAGAUUGUCCACAGAAACUUCUGGAUGCCACAGGUGUUAAGGUUUUGACUGUUUGUAUUAUUCUGCUGAGACGUGAUGGCAGAGCCGUAUUAUUUCGGUCUCCCGAUAUCAAUCGAGACUCGCACUAUAAGUGA